GUGAUUUUCAUUGCAAAUACAACAUAAACCAAAACAAAAAUAUAACUAGGGCACUGUGUUACAAUAUACAAACUUCAAAGUGGACACGUUUUGACAGCUUAUUGUCCCUAGAUAGCAAACAGACUGCUGUGGGAGAACGCUCGGACUACCUCCGCUUUCGGAAUGACUAGAUCAUAAUGUGACUGGAGUUCUGCUGCAAUUAUUCACACGCGCUCACAAUCACUGUACACCGCGCGAGUCUACGAGAACGAGCAAGUGCGAAGGUCGCUCACAUUUAGCGCUCUUCGGCUCGAUUCUGCUCUUUUUUUUUUUUUUGACAUUCACUGUGUCUCCGGGAAAAUUACUGUGAAAUUAACAGCGACAGUUUACGAGAUCUUACCAAGCGAGUAUUUUGUCGGCGAAAGGAAAAACAGCAAGUGACGCACGUUUCGAUUGUCCACGAAAGGCAUCAUCUAUGAGCUACAAUGAAGCAGAAUCCAAAGACUGUAAUAAUGUUCUUGAUCGUCUGUGUCUUUUUCAUUUUGGGUCAAGCGUCAGAGAAUGACAGAGACUUUAAGAUGUGUGGAAUAUGGCGCCAUGGCAACACAUCCCGAAAUCUGACAUCUAAUUUGACAACAGGCUGUGAGGAACUCUUGAUUUCUGCCGACAAGAACACACUCUAUAUUCAGGGCAGUAUCACAGCGAAGUGCAAGCAAUCCAUGUCCAUUCCUCUAGACUUAAGUCCUCUUCACAAUCAAAGUAAUUUCUGUGUGUUCUGGGAGCCACUGCUGGACCUGCUGAUUGUGGAGGUGAAUAAAAAGAACAACACUCUGUGUGGCUCAAGUGGCCUUCAAGAAAACUGCUGCACUAACCUCUCUCCAAGCAACCAGACAAAAGCCAGUCUGUAUGGUAUUUUGAAUGGCAGCAUCCAAGGUGAUAUAAUGCAGCAUGGUGUCGUGGGAAUAUAUGCAUUUCAAGGGGAUUCAAUCAACUGCAAGAAAAAUUUCUGUGAUGUGGCAAGCCAGCAGUCCAGGGGAGCAAACAUGAUAGAGGAUGUGGUGAUGAAAUCCAACGCAACAGGUCAUGUGGAUCUACCUUGUGUCCAAAGCACUAUUAUUGAGAUGGAAGAGGGCUUCAUGGGACACAAUUUCUCUCUGCCUGCCCCCCGAAAUGUCCCAAUAAACAAGACACCCUCAGUUUAUCUCCCCUCCUGCCUGAAACCAGCAUUAAGGAAAAAAGCCAAAGUGGUUUGUACAUACUACAGGAACAGGAUGAAAUAUUUUCAGAGGGAAUCUUCUGAUUCAACUCUUCUGGAUGACGUAGUUGGAAUCUCUGUGGAGAAUGAGAUCAUCGCCAACCUUCCAGAACCUGUCAGAAUCAGGUUCCAUCACUCUGCCUUACCACCUAAUCAUUCUAGAAGAUGUGUAUCAUGGGACACAAGAAAAGACAAUGAAGUGAUGUGGAGAUCAGAGGGUUGUCUAACCGUUAACAUCAGUGCUGUAGAGACAGAGUGCUGUUGUAAACACCUCACGUACUUUGCAAUUCUUGUGCAAGUGGAACAGAGGGCUACAGUUCGACAUUUAGAGGCUCUGACAUACAUUACCGCUGUGGGCUGCGCUGUUUCUUUAGUCAGCUGCUUGGUUCUCUUCUACUGGCUCUGUAAACAGAGAAGAGGGAAGAAAAACCAGUCCUCACUGGUGCACCGUGGUCUGGUGGUGGCAAUAUUUCUUUUGUGUCUGUUCUUUAUCCUAACUGGUACAAUGGCAAAUGUAGGAAAUGAUGCAGUUUGCAUGACAACAGGAUUUCUUCUGCAUUAUGCGCUGCUCAGCACUCUCUGCUGGAUGGCUAUGGAAGUGUUUCACACAUUCUUAUUAGUCCACAAGGUGUUCAACUCAGCUAUCCCGUCUUGGGCCUUUUACUUUGGGGGCUUUGGUCUUCCAGUUCUGCUAGUUUGUAUUCUGCUCCCUAUAGGUGAUAUAUAUGGCAAAAGGAAGAUUGUGCCAAGUGAUGAUGUUACCAAUCCUUACCAUAUGUGCUGGAUGUUGGAAAAUGACAAGAGCAUAUUGGCUCAUUACAUUAUUAAUAUUGGCUUAUUGGCUGUUGUGGUGAGCUCUGGUGCUGUCAUGCUUUUCCUUGUGGUGAAAGAGAUAUGGAACCGGCCAGAUUGGAAAAAGAACCAUGUGGCUUUUCUCAGCAUCUGGGGCCUCACCAGUCUGUUUGGCACAACAUGGGGCCUGGGUUUCCUCAACUUUGGCCCUCUCUCCGAGGCCAUGCUCUUCUUCUUCUGUAUUAUCAACUCCUUACAAGGAUUUUUUCUUAUGCUGCGAUACUAUGCUCUUCAACACAUGAAAAAGGGGAACGAGUCCAGUUCGGAUGGGAGCAGUACAGGAUCUACAAAACAACAUAUGCUACAGACUAAUGAAAAGAGUUAAAAACAAAAUGGCGUUCUACUGAAAUUGUAUCUCUGAUAUGAAAAGAAGGAUUAUCCACAAGGGCAUUUGUAAAGAUCCUUUCUAAUCCUGCAGGUCAGGAUGGUCCUCAGAAGACAUUGCACUGAUAUUUAGUCACAGACUAAUAAUUGAGCAUAAAUGCUUCACCUGUCAUAAGCUGUAUUUCUGAAACCAACCAUAUUUCUUUGUAUGUGGAUAUAAUAGAUUUUCUUUUUUAAGCAAACCUUGCACUUUAGCUUAUAUUUUACUUUUUUGUCUAUUGUUUAGGUAUUUGUACAUUUGUAUGUGUAUUUCAAUAUACGUGAAUUGAAUAAAUACACCAU